UGAGACACGGGUCGACGGGUGACACAGGGAGUGAACGGAGCGUGGCCGUGGAGCAAAGAGAGCCAGAGCGGCAUAAAGCAGUGUACCGUACAGGCACAAGGCAGACUAGCCUAUAAGUUAGUGUAUGUGAUGUCAAGCACUUCGACAACAGCGUCAUCGACGUCGUCGUCGUCGUCGUGCCGAUGACGAGCUUCCUCGGGGAGGGUCAGCUAACUAACAUGCGACUCCUGGCGCUCCGAAGGUAUGGAUUUGUCCCGCUACGUUCAAUGUGGCUUUUACCACGGGUGCCGUCUUCCUAUCAGCAGAUGAAUGUUUCUCAUUACGGGAUAGCGGGAGCAAUUUUCAUCUUGCUCUUUGCCAUCUUCAGUUUUACAACACUUAUAAGACUUGUAUCGUGCAUAGCUGUCCUGACGCUAGGAGUCAUUACUUGUAUAUACCGAAACAAUUCUUUCAAACUCGAGGAUGACGUCAAGGUCGGUAGGGAAAAUUUAUUUCAAAAAACAGAGAAACUCCGUCAGCGUCUUCUGGGCGAAUCUAAAAAAAAGGUGACAGUUACUUCAGAUAAAAGAGUCACUGGCAGUCAAGUCAUUGAUGAGUCAUUGCAAGAAAUUUUAGAUUUUGUCCUGAGAGAUUAUGUUGAGCCCUGGUACAGUGUCCUCACUAAUGACGAAGAAUUUACCAAAUCUGUUCGAGACACUGCCCAAAAAAUUGCCAUUAACAUAGCAAACAGAGUAAAAGGUGUGGAUUGGAUUCCCUACUUAACAACAAGACUUGUUGACGAUGCUGCUUCUCAUAUGAGACUGUACAGACAGACAAGGGCAAGAUUGAAACAGGUGAAAGGUAACCAGACUUAUAAAGUCAGCAGCAGUUCGAGCACGUCUGGUGGCACACCAAAGAAAACUCCAACUCAUAGGCGAAACAAGAGCGAAACUGACGUCUUCUGGUAUUCCCAGUCAAAAUUUUAUAUUCCUAAUUUAACGGCCUUGAACGAGCCAACGAAAAAUGUUAAGGAAACCGAAACGUUGGAAAAGAUAUUCUUUGACCUGGAAGUACAGAUGGAAAAAAAUCUUAUAUGCAGGGAUCUAGUAUGUACGGAUGAAGCCAAAGAGCUCGCCUUCUUGGGAGAAAUAGCAGAGGUAUUAUUGUUCUUGCUGCUACCAAAGGCUGACUUUGACUGUCUGACUGUCCGGUUUAUUUUGAGGGAGCUCUUGGUCAAUGUCAUUAUUAGGCCUCUCCUAGACCUCUUUUCAGACCCUGAUUAUAUUAAUCAGACUUUUAUAUGGCUGUGCACAAAGGAGGCCACUCUGCGGAGUGACAUAUUUUUAACUGUAAUAAGAACAACAGAUAGUUUAGAAGAGUUGGCGGCGACAAAAAGUAUUGUUUGUAAAGAAAUAGCGUAUUUACGAUCAAAAGAUUCUGGCCACGACGAUGACUUGACUGUCAAACAGCAGCUGAACAGCCUCUUGUAUGUUAAAAAAAUUUUAGAUAGUCGAAUUAUCAGUAUGAAGGAAGGCCUAGAUGCAUCGGAAAGCGACGGGGCUGGUCCCCUUCCCGACUGGAAUCGACUGCUUGUGCCAGGUCAUAAAUUAGUUAAUUUGCCUUUGGAUGAAUUAUUAAAAAAUAACAUAGCUCUGAGUUACUUUAUCGAUUAUAUGACAAGUGUCAGUGCCGAAGCCUAUCUGUACUUUUACUUAAAUAUCUAUGGCUGGCGAGUGUCUGCCGAACAACAGAUAUCCGAUAUUGAGUUGCAAAAGCUACAAAAUUCCCAAACGGGUUCUUCUUCGUCAUCGAGCUUGUCAAAAAAGAAAAAUUCAGAUCUAGAAAAUUUAAAAGAGGCGGCCACAAAAAUUUAUCAGCAAUAUCUCAGCGACAAAAAUUCCUCGAAACUGCAAUUGGAUGAUAAUCUUGUAAAAAAUUUGGUUGUUAGAAUUAAAACUGAGUCGGUAAAGGAGACGUGGUUUGACGAGCUGCAGGCUUGCUGUUACGAGAAACUUCAAAACGAAGACAAAUUCCUGCCGGCGUUCAAAAGGUCGGUCUCGUACUUAAGGCUAUUGGCAGAACUAGACCUCCUAAAAGACCCGACCUCGGAAGAUGAUUCCAAAUCAUUGGACAGUAUUAGUUUGUCGAGUAUUAACAACGAACUUGAUGUACUGGAAGAGCAUGUUGAGAAUCAAAAGGAUGGCGAAAAAUCGAAAAUCGACGGAAUUUCAAUCAGUCGAGAAACCAAAAGCAAAUCCAGUUCUUGCGAUGACUUGGACGAUAGAAUAUCAAGAGGCAGUAGGAGUAGUCGCGACAGUCGAGAAGAUAGGCAAUCGCGUCAGGGUGCAGGGGAAUCUGACAACAUAAGCGAAGGCAAAGAUGUGGUCGAUACCUUGAUUGAAAACAAUGCGGAUCAAUUUCUCAGGCUCGACGAUGGUGCUUGUGAUCAAAGCGUUAUAAAAAAGCUUCAGCAGGGUCGUUUCGAUUUGAACGUCGAAAUAAUCGAAACGGGAAUAGUCAACGAUAAAGGAAAGACUUACGGCAUCUAUGCUGUAGCCGUGUCGAAAGUAUACGACUCUGGUUACCAGGAAAAGUGGCAUAUUUACCGAAGGUACUCCGACUUUUAUGAUUUGUACCAAAAAAUCAAAGAAAAAUAUUUUGAUCUGGCAAAAAUAGCAUUUCCCGCAAAGAAAGCUUUUCACAACAUGGAUCGGUCGGUGCUUGAAAGGCGGAUGGUCAUGUUGAACGCUUGGUUGGUUCAGCUAACUAAACCCGCAAUCAUGGAGGGCCACAUGGGACUGCAAAAUUUAUUAUUAUCAUUCUUGGAACAGGGAGAUUACGACAAGGGUGUCACUGGGGGACAUAUCGCGAGGACUGUACGUAUUUUUUAUUACUCUAGAAUUGAUACCAUAGUGAAUCCAUUAAAGACCUCUAUGAAAACAGUGACUCAAACGGUAAAAAAUAUGCCAGACAAUAUGAUGAACACCGUUGAUGGCGUAAUGGAUAAUAUUAGCAAAUUAUUCGGCAAUUCGAAAAAGAACAGUGUUUUCUAUGAAAGCGUCAAAGUAGGAGCUGGUAUCGAUACAGAGACAGACGAUAAUAUCCCUUUGAGGAUCAUUCUUUUGUUGAUGGAUGAAAUUUUCGACCUGAAAAAUCGAAAUCAGUGGCUACGCCGUCGUAUAGUUACGCUACUACGACAGAUUAUUCGAACAAUGUUUGGCGACAUAGUAAAUCGACGGAUCGUUGAAUACGUAUCUUUAUUGACUAGUCCAAAGAACGUGGCACAUUACCUAAAACUUUUCAAACAAAGUUUUUGGCCGAACGGUGUGCUGGCCGAUUCCAAACCUGUCCGGGACCCCGAGACGAAGAACCGAACGCGCGUGGCCGCGAAGGUGGCCCUGCUCUCGUGUUUGUCUGACGAGUUAAAACAUAUCAUUGGCAGCGAGACGACGCGGCGCGGCCUCUUACGCGUCUUUGAGCUGUUUCAGAGGCCUGUGCUCAAUCGACGACUGCUUUAUGUGUUGCUUGAAGGUAUUGUUGAAAAUCUGUUUCCGCAGACGGAUCUUGUGUCCAUUUUUAGGAAAAUGUACUCUGUGUCGCCUCGUGUUAAGGCGAAGAGCAAGACGAAAUCCUGAUAUUGGGACUAGAGUGUGAGAAUAUGUGAUGACGACGUGAGAUGACUGAGUGAUAAGAUUUUUACCCGUACUUUUCUUUGGUUUUAUUGAUGACAGAUCAAUUACUUUUUUUGGUUUGCUGAAUUUCUUGAAAGCGAAUUUGGUACGGAUUAGACACAAAACAAUUUUUUUAUGCACACCAAUGUAGUAUAAUGUAGCACGUAAUCAUUUUGUUUGAUACACUCUUAGUUAUUUUUUUAACGAAAAAAUUAAUUUGAAUUAAAAAUUUAUAUUUAAUUAAAUCACGUGCGUAAGCAGUUAGGUGCGGUUGAAUUAGUUGUAAUUGUUGACUAGAAAAGGGGUAAAAGGUUAUAUCUUUUCAUCUAAACGUCAAGAUUCAAGGUGAUUCUAGGGAACAAGUGUCGUUGAUAUCAAGACUUAGCCGGAAAAAAAGAGUUUGUUAGAAAUGUACUUUGCGCUUUCAUUGACUUCACUGCUGAGCGGUAAGGCAAUGGAGACCAAAAAGAAUUCCAAGUGCAAGGGUUCAGUAAUCAGGCCUUCAUGGGGCUGAAAUAAACGUAUCGGUAUUAAAAUAAAUUUUAAAAAUUAUGACCAUUGACGAAAAAACUUUUUUGAUCUCUUUUAAGACAGAGACCUGUAUAGGUAAAGUACAAGUAUGCAACUCUGUGCUACCCGAUUCAUAGGUAUAAACGUUACAUAUGAAAGCGAUGUACACUUAUAGCAUUUUUAAAUUGUAAAAACGGGUUCUGUUAAUAAAUAUUAGUUAUUUACGAAUUUAAUUUAUGACAGCUUUUCUAUGAUACACAGUUAUUUUUAAAAUAGCGUCUGACGGCUCAAAUGGUUUCUACUUUACCGGCAUUUAAUUUUAUCGUAAUUACGUGUUUUAAUAAGUGUAUACCUACCCAUCAGUAAAAAGAUUUUUUUGUAAAGUUACUACCACCUUGUCGAUUUUUUUAUGUAAAUUCUCAAAAUGAGUUAUCGCAAAAGUACAAAUAACUUGUAAUACUGUAAAAAAUUUAAAAUCUACAAAUCAUCUCAUAAUUUUACUAUAUUUGAUAUGGGUCGCAUUUCUGUUCAAUAAUGAAUGUAGUAAAAUUACAAGUGAGGCUUUAGUCUAUAUUACUUGCGGUUUAGUAAUGUUUAUUCAUUACUUACUUCAGUAUUACAAGCCCUGUAGUAGAUUCAUGAAGCAUCUUGUAAUAUUAAUUUUUUUUGUCAAUUCAUUAUAUCCAUUAUCGGUCGCAUUUCUGUCCAACAAAAGUUAUAGUAGUUUUUACCACGCAUGAUGUAAUUAGUUGGAGUUUAAAAUAAUCCUUUGCUCUGAACUUAAAAAAAAAAAAAAAAAAAAAAA